UUAUACAAAAAGUGACAGCGCAUUGCGCAAAGCGAAGUCAAGUGUGCAUGUUACACGGUUAAACAUGUUAAAAAGUUUUUCUGAAAUUUUAGUUUUAUGUUACACUCGGUGCACAAAUCGUUCAACAAGAACUGAUAUAUUAAACUUUUCUCCGUCUUGAUUAAGUGACAUACUUAGUUUAAAUAAAUAGUGAAUAUAUAUUUUAGCAAUUAUUGUAAGUAAGCUUCGUUCGAAAAACAAAUCUUUCACCAUGCCUAAAGGAAAGAAAAAAGGAAAAUACGAGCACAGAAGAACUGAGCAGCCUUAUUCGUCAGACGAGGAUGCCGGCAUAGAUAUGACCAUAGACAACUGCUCCGAGAUCUCGGGCCAGUCAGACCUCAAGAGCAACCAUGAUGAUGCAGAAAACGAGAUCCAAGAGAAAUUCGAGGAGAAGGUUCUAGAGUUAGUGGAGGCACUGAACGCUCGUUCCAACGCGGCCCGCGCCACUGCGAUGACGUCGCUCCGCGCGGCGCUGCAGCGGCGGGCGCUGGAGGCCGUGCUGAGCGCGCACCGCGCCACGCUGGCCGACCACGUGGCGCGCGCGCUGCGCCGCGGCAAGGACAACGAGAGGAGGGCCGCCGCCGCGCUCGCGCCGCUACUCGCCUUGCAGAUUGGAGAAGAAGGCACAGAGGAGUUCGUGCGUGAGGUGCGACCGGCACUCAUUUCCGCGCUCACAGACCUCUCCGCCUCGCUCGACACACGCACAGAAUGCUGCUCAUCUCUGGCUGUAUUGUGUUACCUGAUGGAGGAGGACCUCACGGAGAUCUUGGAGGUGAUGCGCAUUUACGAGACCAUCUUCAGCGGCAGCUACCUCAAGGGUGACGGCAGUGUCAAAGUAUCGAGCGCCCUGUUGGCGGCGGGCGGGCUGCACGCGGCCGCUCUGGACGGCUGGGCGCUGCUGCUGCCCCUGCUGUCGCCCGCACACGCACUGUCGCUCAUCAAGAACCAACCACCAUCCUUCUCGCGCCUCACUGACCUACUCGAGGCCUGUUCAUUGGAGGUUCGCAUGGCAGCUGGCACAGCUCUGGCUAUCGUUUACGAAACAGUGAUGGACGAUGACGGCGGCGUAGACAAUUCCCUCGCUGCGCAUGUCGAGGAGAUUCUGCCGCGACUGACCGAGCUGGCGCGGGACUCGCACAAGUAUCGAGCCAAGCGGGACCGGAAGGUGCAGAGAGCCACCUUCAGAGAUAUUCUUAAGUAUUUCGAGGAGGGCUCUGCGCCGUGCGUGUCGGUGCGCGUGGGCGCGGAGACGGCGGCGUGGGACACGUGGGGCGGCGGCGCGGCGUACGGCGCACUCGCGCCCGCGCUGGCCGGCGCGCUGCCGCUGCUGGCGCCGCACGACGCGCGCCUGCGCGCCGCGCUCGCGCUGCCCGACCACGCGCCGCAGCUGGCCGGGCCCAGGGCCAAGCUCAACAAGCUGCAGCGGCAUUUACAAAACAACGCAGCAUGCAAGGCCCGCACGCUAGCCCGCAACAAGAACAGAGACAAGCGCUCGGCCGCUCUCGCCAUGUGAGCCCCCCCCCCCACACCUCUGCACGGUUCCGCUACAAAAACAUGUCUCGGUUUACUUUAGAACUUAGUUUAACGCUAGCAUCGUCGACGAGACGCCUUACGUAGUGUGUCGCCACUCGCGCCCGCGGGUCAGGCUAGUUAUAGGUUAGAUAGGCUAGUGUUAGAACCAAAGAAAUUCAUAUUAUUUUGGAUAAAACAAAAACGUUGGAACCGUCUAUUUUUGAGGCAUAUUGUUUGUCGCUCGAUCAUUUCUCGCAACGCUGCACUAACAGAUCUCUACGAAGUUCGUUCAUUCCUUUUGCGAAGUUGAUGUAUUUUAAAAUUGAUAUUAUUGCGAUCGAUUUCAUAUCAUUUUAUAUAGAACAUUAUAUUCUUACUCCAUAUCUUGGUGAUUGGGCUCACGCUUCUUUAUAUUCCAAAUGGACUUAGUUGCGGCCGACACCUUAAAUGUUAUGAUUUUUAGUGAAAUAUUUUACUAUAAUUAUACUUAUGUUAUUUUAUUGAUAUUUUUGUAUUAAAAUUGACAGUUUUGUGUGUUAAUAGAUUACAUAAUGUUAGAUUUACUUCAUUGCAUUGUUUCUUUUACUUGCCAUGGAUUUACGAACGAGUAAACCAAGGUUUUGGAGUAAGGUCGUUUUAUUUUAACGGUUGAUAAAAUUAAUAUUUUCUAUGACUUGUACUGUUCAUAUAUCUUAUGUAUAUGUGAUACGUAUGUGUGUCCUAGUGAGGAUGAGUGCAUCGCAGUGCAAUUCAUAUGUUUAUAUAUAAAGUUUCUCUGUAAAUAUUAUUUUAAUUAGGAUUCGUCGUUCCGGAUGCCUCGACUUUGUACAUAAAUAGGUUAUACGGAAUGUUGAAAUAAUAUUUAUUAUGAGAACCAA